GUCGCGCGUCAUCUCACACCAUGAGCGACCAGCCAGAAAUCCGUGCAGCACCGCUCGAGGCAACGGGCUCAAAGCUCGAACAGCAGCCAUGUGGAAUCUGUCGACGGCAAUUCGCGCGUUACGCCUGUCCGACGUGCAACCUGCUAUACUGUUCCCUGACGUGUUUUCGAUCUGAAACACACUCGCAAUGCUCGGAGGGCUUCUACCGCAAGGAAAUCGAAUCCGGGAUCAAGAACGAGUCUUCUCGGAGCGCCGAGGAGCGCAUGAAGAUGCUCGAGUUGCUGAAAAGAGUGGAGGACCAGAGCUUGGAGGACGGUAUGGAAAUACUGGGCGGAGACGAGGAUGACGAGGACGAUGAAGCAGACGACCUCGCCAAGCGACUAGACGGCAUCGAUCUUGAAAAUGCAACAGCGGCGGAUGUUCUCGACGCGCUCACUCCAGAACAAAGGGAACGAUUCGCCAAGUUAUUCAAGGACCCGGACAGCAAUCUUGCUCGGCAGCUACUAUCAAGCGAAGCACUCGAACUCGAACGUAGCAGACCUUGGUGGGAGUCACCAAUGUCUUCAGACCCAUACCUCAAGCCAUCCAUGUCUCAAGAAAUGCAGCCGACGGAAAGACCGCCCCUGAUGGAAAUCCCUCAACAGCUCCUUUCACGCCGUCCAAGCGGCCCAUCACUCUUGUACAAUAUCUGUGCCGUCAUGUUGACAUACGCGUACCUCAUCAGACACUUCUCCGUGUCCACCCUCCACCAGCUUCUCUCCAGUGACAGCGAAGAAGAGGCCGCCGCAGCGCGACAUGUAGUCAGACAGGCUCUUCCGUUCAUCUCAGAUCGGCAGUCGACGCUCGUCCACACGGGCACAAAGGGCGUUAUCUCGUCCGUCUGGACGGGCUUCGGAGAGGGCCAAGUCGACGCAAAGACCAUCACAGUGCUCCUCCGCGACGCAGCUGUGCUUCUCGCUCCGCGGAAAGUCGCGCCACUUGCAGAGGCCUCCGCGUCGCCGGAGGAACAGAUCCUCAGCCGCCCGAGCAUCAAUUGCGUGCUCGCGUUAUCGGACCUGCGCGCUGUUUUUGAUCCAAGUCUAUCUGGUGUCGGCAAGCGCAACGCGCAUGUAGGCAUGAAGCUGACGUUUUAUGCUGCGCAUGUUCUCGAUUAUCCUAUCCGUCCACUGCAAGAGUUGGUCGACGAGCUCCAGGCGCAAGCGAGGGUCAUCGGGCGGGACGAUACCCAAGACUCGGCGGAGCCUUCAUCGGCAAAAGCUCCUGCGGCUGUUGUCGCGUCCAAACCAGGUAAAAUUGAGGAGUUGAGCUAAUGAACACCGUCGGCGGGCUAGUCUGUAUAUGUUGCGCGGUUGACUGUACCGAGGGGUAUGAUGGAUUAAAAAUGGGGACCGCAUCGUCCGCGUAUUGCGAUAAAGAUAGUGGCAAGUCAAACGUCCAUACGCUCAGCCACCUGUUGAUCUGUGCCUUUGACGCAUUCUGCCAUGCAGUCCAAUGUGAUAGAAAGAAGAUGUUGGACCAUGUUGGACCACUGGUGCGGUCACAAAAGACGGAAGAGACGCUCGUCCCACCCUCGCAGUCCGGCUGCUCUUUCCGGGCAAUAGAAUGACCAGCACAGUCAAGGUUUUUGUUGCCCAUCAUUGUCGCAGCGCCAGUGUGCGCCGGAGCGGUAGCCCAGGGGCACCCUCGCGGUCAUGGGUCUAUUGGCGUCAAGUGAGAGUGGCUCGGACGGGGACCUGCUACUCGCUCGGAAUGUUCUGUUUCGACGCAUCUGGUGGUCCUAUUCGUGUUCGUGAGAGGCGGCAAGAAGGGCACCUGAUUGGUCUUCUUGAUUCGUCGGAUUGAUGGCUCCACACGCAAACUCGUCUGGAUCUGCUGUCUCUCAAGUAUACCAUGUCUUUCUACCGAGAUUCAGAAAAGUAAAGGCGUUCAUAGAACACAGAGCACUCAGCCGAUUGGCCAGCAGCGUAGCCCAUACCUACCAAUGAGCGUAUUCGCCCCUCGAUGAUAACAUUGAUGCACUCGUGUGGCGCCCACGCGGACUCGUCUAUCUCAACCAGGAGGGACGCCGGCCGCGUGUGGCUGUACCCCUCCUCCUUCCUUUUCCGGCGGCUCAAAAUCCAAGAGAGGGGACCCUCGCGGUCAUACGCGGGUUUGCGAGGAUGCCCCGUUAAAUACAUACGUCCCGUCCCCUUCUCC